AGCUCUUGAGUAGGAGACGCCACAUCCCGGGUGACCCGGGUUGGGUCUGCUGGCUCAAGUAGUCUCCCGUGUCUACCACUAUGGCCUGGACCAAGUACCAGUUGUUCCUGGCCGGGCUCAUGUUGGUCACCGGCUCCAUCAACACGCUUUCGGCAAAGUGGGCCGACAACUUCGUAGCUGAGGGCUGUGGAGGAAGCCAGGAGCACAGCUUCAAGCAUCCCUUCGUCCAGGCAGUAGGCAUGUUCCUGGGCGAGUUCUCCUGCCUCGCUGCCUUCUACCUGCUCAAAUGCCGAGCCAGAAGACAAUCAGACUCCAGUGUAGAGCCCCAGCAGCCCUUCAGCGCCCUACUUUUCCUGCCCCCAGCCCUGUGUGACAUGACUGGAACCAGCAUCAUGUAUGUGGCCCUGAACAUGACCAGUGCUUCAAGCUUCCAGAUGCUGCGGGGUGCAGUGAUCAUCUUCACAGGCCUGUUUUCGGUGGCCUUCCUGAACCGGAGACUGGCACCGAGCCAGUGGCUGGGCAUCCUGAUCACUAUUGCAGGACUGGUGGUAGUUGGCCUGGCUGACCUCUUGAGCAAGCAUGACAAUCAACACAAACUCAGUGAAGUAAUCACAGGUGACUUGUUGAUCAUCAUGGCCCAGAUCAUCAUUGCCAUCCAGAUGGUGCUAGAGGAGAAGUUUGUCUACAAACACAACAUCCACCCCCUCCAGGCCGUGGGCAUCGAGGGCUUCUUCGGCUUCGUGAUCCUCUCUCUGCUGCUCGUGCCUAUGUAUUACAUCCCCGCUGCCUCCUUUAGUGGAAACCCUCAUGGGGUCCUGGAAGAUGCUCUGGAUGCCUUCUGCCAAGUGGGCCGACAGCCCCUGAUUGCCCUGGCUCUGCUGGGCAACAUCAGCAGCAUUGCCUUCUUCAACUUUUCGGGGAUCAGUGUCACCAAGGAAAUGAGCGCCACCACCCGCAUGGUGCUAGACACCCUCCGCACCAUGGUCAUCUGGGCCUUCACCCUCGCAUUGGGCUGGGAGAUCUUCCAUCCACUGCAGAUCCUCGGUUUCCUCAUCCUCCUCAUGGGCACUGCCCUCUACAAUGGGCUGCACCGACCACUGCUAGCCUGCCUGUCCAGGCGCUGGCGACUCCCUACCCAGGAGGGAGAGCAAGAGAGACUGCUGGGUGACAGCCGGACUCCCAUCAAUGAAGCCAGCUGAGCCCACAGUGGGAUCUCUGCUGCCACCAGAUGGCUGAGGCCAUGCAGACUGGUGGACUGUGAGUGUCCUGUCCCAAGGCCUCGCCCCAUCCAUCCCUACUGACCCCUCUGUGCAGCCGCUACCAGAGAGGAUGGGCGGACACCAGGUCCUGCUUUAUUCCUGAGGCCUGGAAUAUUGGGACCCAGCCCCCACAGGUCCAGAUAUGGCAACCACUGUCAGCCUCCCAGCUCUGCUGCACUAGAACAAAAUUGUGAGUUUGAAUGUCAAGAAGCUACAACCCUAGUAUUUCUGUUACACACUAACUUAUCAUGGUAAAUUAUCUAGCUUAUGAACCAUAAGCCACAAAGAAGUCAGUGAACAGGUUCAAAUCAGAACUAAGAGACUAUUCUGCAAAGUUGGAAGAUAUUCCUGAAGCCUGUCUAAAAUCCUAGUUUCUGGCUCAGCCAUGGCUGCAGGCUCAGUGCGUGUAUCAGGUCUGACUGCUGUGCAGCACAGGUGUACAUAAUGUGUCCUUGGUGCCUUGCAGCCCCAGCAUCCUGUGGGCCUCAUUGUCACUAGCCUGAGCACACUAGUACCCUUCCUCCUCGUGGUGGGCUCUUUGGUAUCUUUGUUUUGGUUUGGCUUGGGUUUUUUGCCAUUACAUGGCCCUGGUUGUCCUGAAACUCAUGAUACAGACCAAGCUAACCUCAGACUCCCAGCGAUUCACCUUCUACUUUGUCAGUGCUGGAAUUAAAGGUGCACUUCAUCAUGCCCAACGCUUCUGUGAUGUAUUCAUGUUCUGUUCAUACCCCAAGGCCUCUCAGCCUAGGAAAGAUUAAAGGAGAAUUUCAGGCAGCCCUAGGAAAUCACUUCACAAACCAUUUUGUUUUGUUUUGUUUUGUUUUGUUUUGUUUGAAACAAAAGUUAUAUUGUGUAGCACCAGCAUUCAACUUCCUUUGUCACCCAGAGUUAGCUUCAGAUUCAGCCUUCCUGCCUCAGCCUCCCAAGUGCUGACAUGACAGGAAUGUUGUGCACCAACAGACCUUCCAUUUGAAAGGAGACUGAAGCCUGGAGUUGUAACUUGUUUGGCAAGAGGGAUCUAUGUUUACUGCUAGCUUGGGCCAAAGACCUGAGAGACCCUUGAUCUAGACAGCUGCAUGACUCUGUAUUAGAGAGACCUAGAGCCAAUGUGGCCCCACUCCCAAUAAUCCAGACCCAUAGUGUCCACAGGAUGAUGGACUUACCAGGGGUCUUUCUUUGGCAUCCCCAGCAUUGGGUUAAAUGUUUCAUCCUCGUUCCCUCUCAUGAUAUCUGUAGAGGCAAGUGCAGAGGGAAAAGCCAUGGCACUCCCAGAAGGUGACAUGAUGCACACACAGAGCCAGUAUCCCAGCCAGCCAGGUGUGGCUCACUACUAUACGGUCUCUGUGGACCUUUGGGUGGAUUUCUAUGGCUGGGCUAAAGACCUAACACACUGUUACCCUGCAGAUGCUCUCAUCCUGAACAGAAGAAACAAGCCUAAUCACAGCAUUGUGUGGGAAUGACCUAUUGGCAGCUCAAUAGUAAAAUACAAACAGCUUUCUUUGUGAGGGGAAGGGGCCCUUGAUGAGCAAAGCCCUCGGUUCACAUUUGAUUCCAACAGAUUCUAAUGGUAUUUCAAGGAAGUAACUCUUCUGUUCCAUUAGCCCUGAGUUCCAGAGGCCCAAGCUUUUCUGGACUACAGUCUGUCACAGGGAGAAGUAAAUGGAAACCCUGUGCCCAUUUACUCAAGGUGAAAGAGACAGUAUGACAGCUGUCUUGUACAAAAAUAAAAACAGGCCCUACAAUGUU